AUCACCGCCACGGAGCGCCUUGCCUGCCUCGCGAACGCGCCUCAUCGGUCUCGCGAGCGCGCUUCCGUCCGUCCAAAGCGCGGGCAGCAGAGGAAGGAAGGAAGGAAGGAAGGAAGGAGGGAAGGACGCGCGUUUUACUUUGGUACAUUCAUACAUUUCGGCGCCUCGCUUGUCCCGUCCUCGUACUGAAGACUCAUAUUUACUUGACCGAUAAUCGAUACUAUCACACCAGCCUUCUCAGAGGGAGACAAAGAAGAGUCCCGUGGAGGUGAUGCGUUGCCUUCAGGUUCAUCCAUCAUUUUUUAUUUUUUAUUUCAGCCCCUUUGCUUACUCCGGACAGAUGCCGGGAGAGACACUUUUUUCCCCUCCGAGAAUUGAUCACCUCGUGUGGACAACUAGCGGAGUGAAGCCCUGAAGGCAAGCGGCCCGGAUCUGCCCCCCCUUCCCCUAAAACUCCCACUGCCAUGGAGAGCGCUCGCCCCCCCAUGUAGGAUGCCUGCCCCGUCCGAUGCCCGGCAUCCCCUCCUGCCCGUCACCACCACCUCCUCCUUGUCCUCGCGUGUGCCCGCUCUUGCCUCCAGUUCACUGCGGCCCCCCAGGCUGUGCCCCGCCCCGCUCCAACAUGGUGGAUGAGGCGACCGCCAUGAAGGAUGACGUCAUCAACGCCAACACGCUGGCUUGGCUGGUCUGCUCGGGCGUGUCCAUCCUUGCCAACAUGUGGAGCAUCCUCAGCGUCAGCGCCAAGCAGAAGAAGUGGAAGCCGCUGGAGUUCCUCAUCUGCACGCUGGCGGGCACGCACAUCCUCAACAUGGCCAUCCCCAUCACCAUGUACUGCGUCAUCACACUGCGCCGCCAGCACUCCAACUACGAGUGGAACGAGGGCUUGUGCAAGGUGUUUGUGUCCACCUUCUACACCCUCACGCUGGUCACCUGCUUCUCCGUCACCUCACUGUCUUAUCACCGCAUGUGGAUGGUACGCUGGCCCGUCAACUACAGGCUGAGCAACACUAAGAAGCAGGCGGUGCACACAGUGAUGGGCAUCUGGAUGGUCUCCUUCAUCCUGUCCACACUUCCAGCUGUGGGCUGGCACGACACCACCGACCGCUUCUACACCUCUGACUGCCGAUUCAUCGUGACAGAGAUCGGCUUGGGGUUUGGGACCUUCUCCAUUCAGGCAGGCCACAAAGCGGACAAGAACAAAUUCAACGUCCCCACCAUCGUGGUGGAAGACGCCCAGGGCAAGCGUAGAUCCUCCAUUGAUGGGUCGGAACCUCUUAAGACGUCACUGCAGAUCACUUAUCUGAUCAGUGGCAUCGUCUUCAUCUAUGACUUCCUGACUGGCUUCCCCAUACUGGUGGUGAGCUUUGCCAGUCUGAAGUUCGACCGCUCAUACAACUGGAUGGUUCUGUGUGUGCUGUGGUGCUCCAUUGUGCAGUCGAUCCUGUUGCCCAUGUUCCUGUGGGCUUGCGACCGCUACCGGGCCGACAUCCGCAUGGUGUGGGACAAGUGUGUGGCCAUCAUGUCCAAUGACGAGGUGGACGAGGAAAACAGCCAAGAUGGAGGAAUUCAUGUCGACUUAAUAUAUGACAGACCAUAUGACUAUAACUCGCCGCCUGAAAUCGUAGACCGUAAUGCCAAGUAUGAGUUCUCAACCUUAGAAAGGGGGGUCCCGCAAGGGUUUCCGGUGAGGGAACAGCAGGAAGAUAAAAUGCAGUAUUUGCAGGUGCCCCCUACAAGAAGAUACUCCCACGACGAAACCGACAUGUGGACCAGCGACCGGAUCCCCUCCUACCUUCACCGGUGGGGCUCCAGCGAGGACAUGAUGGCGAGUGGCCACUACAGCUCCACCUUGCCGCGCCGCGAGAGGCGCAGGAACAGCCUGGUCUCCUACCACGAGGAGAGCCGCCAUCCCCGUCACCUUCACCGCAAGCGGCGGCGCUCUGAGGACACGCACUCCCUCAAGCACCUGCCGCGCGUGGUCUGCGGCGCCUACGAGGACGACCUGCGCUGUUUCAGCCGCGACGACGUCAUCAACUUUAUCGACGAGACGCCGCUGCCGAGCCCCAGGAAGAGCCCUCGGCGAGCGUCCGCCAUCGCCCUCAUCCCCGGCGGCGUGUACGAGCAUCACGCCGUCAUCCUGCCCCACUUUGCGCUCACCGACUUCGAGCGUGAGCCCCAGGCGCUCAGGCGCCUCUCCGAACACAAAAGCAGGGGCGGCGGUCGGGGCGCCUCGCCCUCACCCGAGGGCUCCCCCAAAGGAGACGGGCCUCACAGCCGCCACGGUAAAAGGUGUCGGGACGCUGUGCGCGACGCAAAGUGCGAGGCGGGCUCGGUGGGGUGCAGCCCACGGACUCAUCGCUCUGCGUGCAGACCCAGGACAGGUGCGACUGAUUGGGCAAUGCAGAAGCAGCUGAGCCAGGUGGAGAGUAAAGGAAGCACAAAUAGUUUUGUAAGCACACCCUCAUCUUCGGGAUAUAUCACCUUUCACUCGGAUUCUGUUGGCUCAGCCUCCUAAACAAAUCCUUACUAUUACUUUGAUCAUGGACUUACUUGCCUUUUGUACUCGUGUUUAACGAUCAUAUCCGUUCAUUCUUUCACAUUAUUCACUAAGGCAUACUUGCCAACCUUGAGACCUCCGAUUUCGGGAGGUGGGGG